AUGGCUUCAAAAGAGUGUUUAAAAUUGAUCUGUGAUGGUGACAUUGAAAUUGUUCGGAUUACGGAGGAUUUAUAUGAUGACACAAUUGAGCUCUACCAAAAUUAUUUUAUGAAAUAUGAAAAUGUCAGCAUUGCCUGUGAGCUGUUGGAAUCAUCGGAAACCAUUGCCGAAAUGGAACAACUAAUUCGGGCCAUACUCAAGGAUAAUAUUUCAUUUGCGGCCCGAGAUGUCAAAACUAAGCAGUUGGUGGCCAUGUGUAUUAAUAAAAUGGUGAAUCCCUCCGCCAACAUAACCCUCGACGACGUGUUCGACUCCUUCAAAACGGAAAAUAUGAAAGCGGUAGGAAACUAUCUGCACUAUGUUGAGUAUACCUAUGACAUCAACAAAGAAUGGCAGAUCGACUGUUGGAUUGAAUUAACCUUUUUGGCGACACGAACCGAAUAUGGGCGAAAGGGUAUUGCCUUGUCGUUAGCCGAAUUCCUUAACGAAUAUGCUAAGAAAUUACGGGAUGGCGAUGAAAAUGAAUUACAGCUCCUACCCAGCCACAUUAAGGAUCAAAGACCUCAGGCCAUAACAGCAGCCUUUACUUCAAGAUUUUCACAGAAGAUUGGAGAAAAAUUGGAAUUUGAAACAUUGUUUGAGGUGGAGAAUUCCCAAUUUUCAUUUCGUGGAAAAUCAUAUGCGGAGAAAAUCGACCCGAUACAUAAAUAUUCGAGAUUUGCAGCAAAGAAGUUGUAA